UUUCUUGGUAAACAUUUACCACCGGAGCUGGAGCUGAUGAAGGUGUAACAAUGAAAAAGGUGUUGGUAACAGGUGGAACUGGCCUAGUAGGCAAAGCUCUGGAGGAGGUAAUCAAACAGCAACAGCCAAAAGAUGAGGAAUGGUACUUUGCAGGCUCCAAAGAUGCGGACUUAAAGGAUUUAAUGGCCACGCAAGCACUCUUCGAUAAGGUAAAGCCCACGCAUGUGAUACACUUGGCCGCCAUGGUGGGCGGAUUGUUCCACAAUAUGAACAAUAAUCUGGACUUUUUGCGUCACAAUCUUUUGAUCAAUGAUCACGUCCUACAAACUGCCCACAAGCACAAAUGCACCAAAGUUGUCUCCUGCCUGUCUACUUGCAUAUUCCCAGAUAAGACCACUUAUCCCAUAGAUGAGACCAUGGUCCAUAAUGGCCCGCCUCAUCCUUCUAACUAUGGUUAUUCGUAUGCCAAGCGUUUAAUUGAUAUACAGAAUCAUGCUUAUCAUGAUAAAUAUGGUCACAGCUUCACCUCGGUGAUACCUUGUAAUAUUUUUGGACCCCAUGACAAUUACCAGCCUGAGGUGAGCCAUGUUAUUCCAGGAAUGAUUUAUCGCAUGCACAAACUUAUCAACGAGGAUGAGCCAGACAAGCCGGAGAGUGAAAAAGUUUUCACAGUCUAUGGCAGUGGAAAACCUUUGCGUCAGUUUAUUUAUUCCCUCGACUUGGCUGAGUUAAUGAUUUGGGUUCUAAGGAACUAUGACAGUGUUGAGCCUAUUGUCCUUAGUGUGGAUGAACAACAGGAGGUAACCAUCUAUGAAGUGGCUGAGGCCAUAGCUAAGGCAUUUGAUUUUAAGGGCAAACUGGUAUGCGAUGUGUCCAAGGCCGAUGGUCAGUACAAAAAGACAGCCUCCAAUGCCAAGUUACGCAGUCUUCUUCCUGAUUAUACGUUUACAGAGUUCGACAAGGCUAUCAAGUCGUCAGUGGAAUGGUUUAGAAGCAACUUUGACCAAGCCAGAAAGUGAAAUGGUAGGGGAAAUAAUUUGUAAAUAAACUUUCCACGAAAAAUCAAAACAUUAUAAUAUUGCAUACAUAAAUUUAAAAGGGA